UCAUGCAAAGACAUACCGGUUAAAUUGUCUGACGCAGCACUUUUAGAUUUCUGUGCGAUCGGAAUGUUGUCCUCGUAAACUUGAUAGAUUGUGGAAAGCAAGCAGUGAACAGUGGUGUGCUUUGGACAUGACAAACUUACGACGAGGCCUUUUACAAUGGAAUCUACACUGCAGAACUGUUGUCAAGAUGCACGGCCAUCAGAUAGAGCAACACAGAUCUGGCGAUACGGACUGCAACGACAUGAUGAGAGUCUAGAAUCGUUUUAAUCUAACGUAUUAACGCACUCAACCUAUGUACAUACCACCUUCAAUUAAAGGUGUGGAUUGCAUUCAAUGGAGAGCUCAAGCUACAACUCCGGAAGUGAAAAUCCGUCUUCUAAUGGCAAUAUUUCAAGUUUUAACUCCACAAGAGUCGAAUAUAUGAACUCGAGAAGUAGCGAGGUCGGACCACUGAUUCUCUAUGGUGUAUUUUCCGUUUUUGGAUCUACCAUUAAUAUCUUCGAAAUAAGUUCGUUAAUUGUGCAGGAAACACUCUGCAGACGUGGAAAUGUGCUUUUAGUAAACCAGGCUUUAGCUAAUUUACUUGUUAGUGCUGUUUCUUUUCCAGUCAUGUGUGUCGCCAUAUUGGCAGGCUUACGAAACGAACACUUUAUCUGCGAGUGGGAGUGGCACACGGCACUUGCUUGUUUUCUGGUCACUGUGAUGAAUUAUCUGUGCAUUUCAGUAGAGAACUAUCUUCAGACGUGCAGAAAAGAAGGCGACCUGUAUGACAACUGCUUUCGAGUCCAGUUGAUACUCAUCCUCAUACUGACAACAUGGGUUGCCGCCAUCUCCUUUGUAACUACGUUAUUUGUCUUGCAGAGAGGACCUAAUCUCUGCCAGGAGAACUUUGAAGAUAGCAGCAUGCUUUUUGUGUUUUUUGUACCUGUAUUUUUAACGAUCACAGUAUUUGCCAAGGCAGUUUACGAGCAACGAAAUAUUACACAAUCUUUAUCGCAACAAAAUAGUAUAGGAAGUCGUGAGGAAAUACUUCAGCGCCACCUGCUAAACAGCAAUGUUGUAGCUUUUACUUUAUUCUUGUGCUUUUGGCUCCCUUUUCUUAUCUCGCUCACCCUACAUUCUAUGACAUCGGUGCCCCCUAUCAGCACGAUUCACCAACUUUUUACGCUUGCACAAAUUUACAGCUGUGUUUGCGGCAUAGUGUAUGCGUUGAUACAUGAUUCAUUCCGACAAGGCUACAUUUACCUGAUCCGGUAUUUGUGUUUUAAAACCCAUGGAGAAUUGUCUAAGCUCAUGACUCCAGAAAAAACACGAGGAACAGUGCGGGUGCAUAUUGGAAUGGAGACAAGGGUUGGGGAUCGAAGUCGAAAAUCCACCAGGAUUCCUUGUGUUAUAUCACACUAUGAAUCCAGUAGCUCGAAAUGUGAGGAAGAUUUUUUGUGAAAUCUUCAACCUAGACUGUAAAGUCAAAGGCCAUUUUUCACAUUGUUUACACCCAGCUUUAUUCACGCGUUUAUAUUCUUUGUUCUAAAACAUACUAAAGAAUUAUUGUUAAAAUAAGUAUUUGAUGUUGGAGGAAUUGGAAAACAUUACUGAAGCGAAGACCAAAUCUUAUUGGCUCUUGUACCUCUGUUAAGACUAAGAGAACAUUGCUGAAGCGAAGACCAAAUCUCAUUGGCUCCUGUACCUCUGUUAAGACUAAGAGAACAUUGCUGAAGCGAAGACCAAAUCUUAUUGGCUCCUGUACCUCUGUUAAGACUAAGAGAACAUUGCUGAAGCGAAGACCAAAUCUUAUUGGCUCCUGUACCUCUGUUUGUGUUUACAAAAACUAAAUUAUUGUAGAUAUAUUUGGUUUUUGGAAAUUUCAUUUA